AUGACUGCGACGGCACCUCAAAUUGUGAAACCAGUACCACCAACAUUCGCCCCUCGCUGGGAUCUUGAGCACGUGAAUACAGCAUCGUCGGCUGGACCUUGGGUGGGACCGUGCGGCAGGCCCGAGCCAAUCGUCGCUCCUCUCCAAAAGUUUUCCCAACGUAAACAGGCCGCAAUCGAGGUCGAUUUCAUACGGUUCAGGUGGUGCUGGGGUGAUCUGCUCCUCAUGGCGGCCAAGAUAUCAUCUAACAUCGACCAGUGGCCUUGCGUUGAGUCCGACGUUCUGGACAUGAGGUUGUGGGGUGAGGGUAUCGACUGCGGAUGGCCAUCGUUUACGUGCUGGAUUGGCUAG